AUGAAACUUUCCGCGACGAACCUCUCUAAGUACCACUUCAACUCCUGCGACCUCUACCUGCACAACACAUAUCAUGGCAACGGACAUGACUCGCCUGUCGGUCAUUCAGAAAGCACUCAAGCACACUUUCAGCGAGGGAUUGACUGGGAACGGGCGUGUCUAAUGCCUUACUUGGAUGCCCAAGAUCUGUUGUUGACCAUCCCCCCGCGCCCUAUAGACGGCGGCAUACUGGUGGAGCACAUCAAGGCGGAUAGUAGGGAGCAUUUCUUCAUGGCUGGAGUCGAGUUUUUACCUCCAAUGGUCGACUUCCGAGGGCGCUUUUGGGAAGAAAAAAAUGACCCUGUCACUUUUGGGCUUGCGAAGCCUGACCUGAUUGAGAUUAUGCGGAUAGGAGAACACAUAGUCUGGCGUGUCGUUGACGCCAAAGCGGCCAAGGCAGUCAAGACGUCGCACCAUGUGCAAGUUUACUUCUACCACCUCUGUUUAAGCUUUCUAUUGCCGUCGCCGCUGUUCAAGCCGGCAGAGGACGCAGCUAUAUGGCUUCCUCCCGCAAAUGGAUUCGAUGCUCAGACUCGCCCCUCUAUGGCGGACCUGCAUAGCAUUAAAAUCAGUCUCCUCGCGCAAUCGCUGGACAAAUUCCUUUUCCGAAAUUUGCCUAAGAUUGUCUUCAGGCCACGGGAAGAAAUCCAGUGGCAUUUUAAUCCUUUAUGUCGAGACUGCCCAUUUGAAGCAAACUGCAAGCAGCUUACCAUCGUUGAAGGACGUUUUGGUACCAUACCAAAUAUCUCCCCAGACCAGGUCGAGGUUCUUCGGGGUAUAGUGAGAAAGUCUCAAGUCGACAAUCAGCACCGCACCACGGAUAUAGAAGAUCUCCACCAUCUCCUAAGUAACAAUGAGAUGAGACGAUUGGAUCCCAUUGCGGCCAAGAAGGCGAAGCGCAUUCUUGCCAUGCGUAAAUCAUCGUUGACUAGCCCCAUUCUGGAGGCAGCGAAAAGUCACACAGUGACGGUUAUACCGCGACGCAAUGUUACCCUUCCUCGACACGAAGAUGUCUCAGUGGUCAUCUCUGUUGUCAUCGACCCAUCGACCUCCAAACAAACGAUUGCUUUUUUCUGCAUAUCUGUCUUCUCCUCUAUUCCGGCCAUCGCGUGCAAGUCAGUCAGCGGGCUCGAAUCCGCCUUCAUUGAAAACCUUGCCUCCUUGCUCAAGGAAAUUUUGGCUGUGGAGCCUGCGCCGCUCACGCAGAUAUAUGUGUUCUCGAGCAGCGAGGAGGAUGUGAUCAGAGCCUAUUUGAUUAAAGCUGCGUUGACGGCCUCGUCAGUGUCUGAGAACAAUUUACGGCUUUGCCUCGGGGCUAUUGUCGAAGGAGCGGCGUUAUUGGAAACCAACUUCCAGCCAUCGAUUAUCUCUCAGGUUGCGAAUAUUCUGCGGUUCAAUCAGAAUCAAUUCCCGCGGCCGAUGCUCGAAUCUCUUGCGAAACGCAUGAACCUGCCUGGCACUGGUACUAUGAUGGAAAUACGCUCACAAAUUCAAGCCAAACUGAAAACCCAGACACCUGCGAGUGAUAUUGAUGACAGACGCACGGAGAUGGGCCAAUUACCGUGUGUUGUGGUGCUCAAAAAGGAAAUAGAGGGUCUUCUAGCAUUGCCUGUUCCAGGCUAUUGGGAUCUAUCCGACUGUGCGCAAGCACUCUUGCCUCCCGAGUCAGAUGACCGCGUGUGUCCGACUGAGCAAGACAUUUUUGCGACAUACCGUCGUGAUGCUAAACCAGAUACGCUUCGCGAGCGCUUGGAGCAACGCAACGCAAGCAUACAUGCUGUUCUGCGGGAGACGAGGCGCCGUGUCAGUAACUCUCAGGGUGCAGCAACCUUUGUCAACCUGGCUAAACCUCUGAGGACAAACUUUCUCGAUAUUUGCUAUGAGCCUAAUCUACGCAAGCUCUUCUUCAUGCAGCAAUUUGAGGUCCUUGCCAAGCUCUCUGAAAUGUGGAAAUCACGCAUCGAUGGGUGUCCGGAUGCACCAGUGCUUGAGUACAAGAUUGAGGAUAGCAACACUGAGAAUCAUGUGUUUUAUCUCAUCUCGGGCAAUAUUGACGCCAGUGGAUCCAAGAAUCAACUAUUCGAUUAUGUGCUUGCCGAAGAUGACAAUGGAUCAAUUCCCCCUGAGACGUUCUUCGACGACCUGAGCCUCUUGGGAUGUCGUUUCCCUAUCGACAACUCAGACAUUAAAGCUGAACAGUGGGACACACAGAACCCCAUUGUAAUCGAAAAGCUCUGUAUCGCUGGUGUCCAUGAUAUUCGGGUAUUAUUGGGACGGACGAGAGUGGUGUUAAAAUUAUGGGGCCAGUCCAAUACUUUACUCAAGGGGGGGGCACACUAUCGCCUGUCGCCACGACUAGUUGAUUUCAACACAAAGAAAGUGUUGUCGACACUCUUGGAGCUAGAUAUCAAAUUAACUAUUAAUCCUACUGACAUUUCCUUCCUGCAGCUCAUCGUGGACCCCAGGACAUUUGCCAAUGAUGCCGAGUUUCACCAGCGCGGGCAGCAGCUGGCCCGGAUAGAGGCGACCAUCCAGAAUAACCUGAGUAUGUUAAGCAACUCACAUGGACCAGAGCACCAGUCCAGCGCACUUGUACUCAAGGCAAGCCAGCAUCGCGCGGUCCAGCGUAUGCUCUCCAACCGUCUUUCCGUGCUGUGGGGACCACCAGGAACGGGCAAGACCCAUACGAUUGCGCUUGCGCUGCUGCGCCUGCUUCAGUCGUACCAUCGCCUUGGAGAUCGGCGCCAGCGCAUUGUGUUCAUUACGGCCAUGACGCAUGCUGCAAUCAACGCUAUCGACAAGAAGUUAAAGCAUCUUAUGGCAUGCUACAAGUCCAUUGACGCAUAUCCUGUCGAGUGGCUUAAUCAUGUGCAACUCGAACGUGUUUCACGUGGUUACGACCAUGCACCACCGCCUGCUAAUAGCACUAGCAUGUUUUACCUGGGGACCAUCUACCAGCUGUAUGCUUUCUCGACGCGAUCAUCAUUUCAAGUCGAUAUGUGUGUGAUCGAUGAAGCUGGACAACUCGCCCUGAGCUCUGCUGCGCUCAUCCUUCGCAACCUUGGGCCGCAGGGCAGAAUCGUAGCUGCAGGAGACUCUCAUCAACUUGCGCCCAUUUUAAAAGGGGUAUAUCCGAACCAUUUUUUAUUCGGCUCGGUUCUCGACUGUUUGAUGCAGUCCUCCGACCUUCUUGCAAACUCGUCAUCCGACAUGGGUGUUUCCGAUUCGGCUCUGGAGUCAGACUCGGAGGGCCCCGUUGUGCAAUUAACAGAAAAUUUCCGUUUGAACCCAGAUCUGGGAAGAUUCAUCGAGACGAUCUAUCCUCGCGCAUUCAAGCCACAGAAACUUCAGUCUGCUCAACUAGGGGCACUCCUCAGCACACUCGAGAACGAUAUAGACGAUGACACCAACCAGAGCAAGUUUGAAGUCAUGCGCAAUGUCCGCAAGUACCUCCUUGACUUGGCUCUUGUCAUGAAGGGCGGCACUCCUCCUGCGACUUUGAAGGUGCCACGUGUACUGGAUCCCGGCAACGCCACUGCUCGUGCGAUUUCGCUUGCAUUAAUUCGCCUACAGGGGACAACUCGUUACGCAGCUGGGAUUGGAUAUGAAGCACAUGUGCGGGGCGAAGCCGUGUUGGCCGCGGCACUGGUCACCUCCCUGCAACGCUGUUGUCCUGACGAGGACAUCUUCGUUGCUGUUCCCUAUCGCAUCCAACGACAAUUAGUCAUGAAAGCUUUAAAGGGCAGAGUAAAGAGUCACGGGGAACAAGUAGAAGGCGUCGUUGUCGACACCGUAGAGCGUCUGCAAGGCUCCGAAGCAGGCUUUGUGAUUUGCCUUUUCUCACUUCCGUCUUCCGCAGCUUCCAAGCUACCUUUCUUGCUUGAGCGAAGGCGAUUGAACGUCGCCAUCAGUCGCGCGAAGACGCUCUGCAUUUUCGUCUCGUCAUCAACUGUUUUAGAACCGCCCGUUCAUGUCCUUGCCAACGAGGGGACCGCGAAGGCAUAUGAGUUCUUGCAGGAAUUUGAGCAUCGCGCUUGGUCAUCGACGAUCAAGGUAAACGUGGACGGGCUACACUAG